UGGCGCGCGCGGGGCCGUGGGUCCCGGCCCGCUCCGCGCGCAGCGGCGGCGCCCGGACACGGACCGGGACCGGCGGGACACGCACCGGGACACGCACCGGGACCGCCGGGACACGCACCGGGACCGCCGGGACACGCACCGGGACACGCACCGGGACCGCCCGCACACGGACCGCGCACACCGCCCGGGACUGCCCGCCGCCGCUCUCGCACUGCUUGCGCGGCGGGGGACGCCCGCAUCCCGCCGGCAUGGAGCCGUAGAGCGGAGCCGCUGUGGAGCUGUCACAGAAAGUGAAAGAUGAGGCCUCUUGUUUUCUUGGUUCUUGUGAUCUGUACUGUAGUCAGCAUGAAUUUGAAGCUCGUGUCAAAGAGAAAUUCUGUUGAUGGUUGCAUUGACUGGUCAGUGGAUCUCAAGACAUACAUGGCUUUGGCAGGUGAACCAGUCCGAGUGAAAUGUGCCCUUUUCUACAGCUAUAUCAGAACUAAUUAUAGCAUGGCCCAAAGCACAGGUCUUAGGCUUAUAUGGUACAAAAACAAAGGAGAUUUAGAAGAACCCAUUAUAUUUUCCGAAGUUAGGAUGAGCAAGGAUGAAGAUUCCAUAUGGUUUCACUCGGUUGAGCUGCAAGACAGUGGUUUCUACACAUGUGUUCUGAGAAACUCAACGUAUUGCAUGAAGGUGUCCAUGUCCUUGACGGUAGCUGAGAAUGAAUCUGGGCUUUGCUACAACAGCAAGAUCAGAUAUCUGGAAAAAUCAGAAGUCACUAAGAGAAAGACAAUCUCGUGUCCUGAUAUUGAGGAUUACAAAACAGCCGGUCAAGAGCCAGAUGUGGUGUGGUACAAGGAAUGUGAGCCGAAAAUGUGGAGAAACGUUGUAGUUCAGAAGGGAAACACUCUCUUAAUUCAAGAGGUCCAGGAAGAAGAUGGAGGAAAUUAUACCUGUGAACUAAAGUUUGAAGGGAAGGUUAUACGAAGGACAGUUGAAUUGAAGGUUACUGCUUUACUCACAGACAAACCUCCAAAGCCGUUGUUCCCCAUGGAGAACCAGCCAACUGUUAUAGAUGUCCAGCUGGGAAAUCCACUGACAGUGGCCUGCAAAGCUUUCUUUGGCUUUAGUGGAGAAUCAGGCCCCAUGAUCUACUGGAUGAAAGGGGAAAAAUUCAUAGAAGAAUUAGAAGGUCACAUAAGAGAAGGAGAAGUCAGACUCCUCAGAGAACAUCUUGGAGAAAAAGAAGUUGAGUUGACAUUGAUCUUUGAUGCUGUAGAGGAGGCAGACCUGGCUAACUACACGUGUCACGUGGAGAACAGAAAUGGACGGAAACACGCCAGUGUUCUUCUGCGCAAAAAAGAUUUGAUCUACAAAAUAGAACUUGCUGGAGGACUGGGAGCCAUCCUUCUUCUGCUUAUUUUGCUCGUGACCAUCUAUAAGUGCUACAACAUAGAGUUAAUGCUGUUCUACAGACAGAACUUUGGAGGAGAUGAAGCAGCUGAUGACAGCAAAGAAUAUGAUGCUUAUCUUUCAUACACCAAAGUGGAUCCUGAUGCGUUAGAUCGUGAUAAUAACGAAGAGGAGCAGUUUGCACUUGAAAUCCUGCCAGAUGUUCUAGAAAAGCACUAUGGAUAUAAGCUCUUCAUUCCGGAUAGGGACCUGAUCCCUAGUGGAACCUACAUUGAAGAUCUCACAAGAUGUGUUGAGCAAAGCAGAAGACUCAUUAUCGUGUUAACUCCAGACUAUGUUCUCAGGAGAGGAUGGAGUAUUUUUGAGAUGGAAAACAGACUCCAUAACAUGCUAGUCAGUGGAGAAAUCAAAGUUAUCUUGAUUGAGUGUACUGAAUUGAAAGGGAAGGUGAAUUAUCAUGAAGUGGAAUCAUUAAAGCACACCAUCAAACUUCUCUCAGUGGUGAAGUGGAAAGGACCAAAAAGCAGCAAACUGAAUUCUAAGUUUUGGAAGCGCCUAGUCUUUGAAAUGCCAGGGAAGAGAAAGGAGGUGGUGUCUCGGCAUCAGGUCCUGGAUUCUGCAGAGCAGGGCCUCUUUGGAGACCUCCAGACUGUGCCCUCUCUUGCUGUCACAGGCACGUCUGCCACGCUGGUGGAGUCGCGGGCGGAUCUCGGCGCUUAUGCGCCGGCAGACUCCGUGCACACCAGGCACUACUGCAGAGGCUACGAGUACGACGUGUCUGCAGCCACGCUGCCCAUGGCCCCCGUCAGCAACCACCACACCUACUGCAACAUCCCGCUGGCACUGCUCAACGGACAGCUACCUCUCAACAACGCCGUCAAGGACCCCCAGGAGUUCCACAGGAGCAACCCCUUGCUGCCUUUGUCGGCCAAGGAGCUCAGCUUCACCAGCGAUAUCUGGUAGUGAACGCCAGGGCUCUUUAGAGGUGCUUCAUGGCCGCCACGAAGAGGUUCCCUGUAAAGAACUUUGCCCUACCCGCAUGGGGUGAGAAAACCUACUCAAAGCAGCAGCACACUUGUUUGCUUUUCUACUUGAACUUUUUUGUUUACAUUUACAAAUUACUGACAAAGGGGGCAUUCUUUUGUAGCUCAGUAAUGUCCUUCCCGUCUUUUAAUGUACAGUUUUAUUGCUUCUUUAAAAAAAGGAGUGAAGGGGAUAGAAAAAAACACAUCCUGUCACUUCACUGUAGGUUUACUGGGAUGGAUAAAAGGUCACUGUAUACGAUCUCCAACAUCCAUACUUAUCUAAGUAACAGUAUUUGGAAUACACAGAAGUUGUUGGGUUUUUCAUAUAGACUACAGUUUGAAAUUCUAAUCAUGCUACAAAAAUUAUUAUCUCCUGCACAGACCACAAGGGGAGAACCAUCAUGAAAAGGAAGGAGAAGGAAACCUUCCUGGUAACAUUGUCUUGCAAACACUUCUUAGAAGAUGCUCAGCUGAACCAAUGCAGAAAAAGCAUUUGUAACUCAGUAAUGUCCUUCCUGUCUUUUAAUGUACAGUUUUAUUGCUUCUUUAAAAAAAGGAGUGAGGGGGAUAGAAAAAAACACAUCCUGUCACUUCACUGUAGGUUUACUGGGAUGGAUAAAAGGUCACUGUAUACGAUCUCCAGCAUCCAUACAUAUUUAAGUAACAGUAUCUGGAACACACAGAAGUGGUUGGGUUUUUCAUAUAGACUACAGUUUGAAAAAGGAAGGAGAAGGAAACCUUCCUGGUAACAUUGUCUUGCAAAUAAUUCUUAGAAGAUGCUCAGCUGAAAUAAUGCAGACAAAGCUUUAUCAAUAAGGUGCAUAGUAACAGUUACUACAAAAUAAAUCACCUGCUCCCAUCAGCAUCUCUUCAUUUUAUUAUUGAGGCAUGUUGUAUUCGUAGUCAAUUGUUAGCAAUGUGGUUUUAUUAAACAACUUACUAGAAUAUUGGAAGAUAUUUAGGAGGAUUUCAAACAAUUUUUCUGUCAACUAUAGAUUAUUUCACAAUUUUUUGCAGAUUUUUAAUAACUUUUUCCAAAAAGUUGAAGUAUAAAUUUAGCUGUCUAUUGGCCAAUUCAUUAAUCCAAAAAUUCUUAAGGUCUAAGAUUUGUGGUAAAGUAAUUUUAUGAAGGAUUUUUUUUCCAAACCCAAUACUUACAAUUUGAAAUUAACUUUUUUUGUGAGAACCUCAGCAAUAGAAAAGAAGUACUACAGCAAUAUUCAGAGAUUAAGUGCUAAAUUAUUCAGAUUUACUAGUAAGUCUGACUUCUGUUGCAGUGGUAAUCACCCAAAACAGUUUUCUCUCUUGUUUAUCAACCUGCCAAUUUAAAAUUGGUACCUUUUAAAUAUGGCAGAAGCAGGAAAACUUCUGCUGUCUGUGCCUAGUGAAAAGUGAUGUUUUUAAGCAGCUGGCAAGGUCUUGCAUUUCACACUUGUGUGAGUGAUCCCAUCAGUCAAACAGGAUCUUGUCAUUUAGCUCUCAUGAGUGGCAUUCCUGCUGCUGGUGGAUCAGAAUUGUUACACAGGUGCUCAGCGUUUGGAGCUGCUGCUCAGCGAGUACCAGUGUGUUUCAUGGAGAUUUCCACACUCAGCUGGGUAAGGGUCACAGAGUCAGGCUAUGGAGACAACCAUAUUAAAGGAAAAAAGCUCUAAAUAAUGAAGGCAAAAAGCCAAUUUUGCAGGUUUUGGCAUGGCUCUAAUGAAAACAUAGCAGACACGAGAGUUUCGUCUCAGUAAGAUCUGCUGCAGCAAGUUCCCAAAAAUAUUUUUAAGGCAGGCAACCUUGCCUGUGCUUCAGUAUGUGUUUAGCAGUGUUCUCUUUGAUUGCAUGAAUAAAAGUUAGCACUCUGCACUCAGCUGCCUGUGGUUUCAUCAGCAAACAAGUUCAGUAAAUCCUUGACAUUUUGCAGUAGUUCCUAAAUUGUACCCUACAGUCAAAUGGAAACAAACACUGACCUAAGACUUAAAAGUAUCCAGAGCUGGCCCAAAGGCCAUGAAAAUUAUCUCAAAUGUGCAAUAAUUCAUAGAGGUCAGUAUUUUUCCAUUGCUUCUUUCCCCAGUUCUUUAUUCUGUGCCCUCCUUCACCAGUCAUUGUCUGUUAAGAUUUUUCAUUAGGUUCUAAAUAAUAAGUUUCUCUCAUUUUUUCUAAUAUUAUUAUGCAUUUGACACUAACACUGAAAAAGGAAAUCUAGAAAAGAUAUUAAUUUGUGACACGGUAUAGAACUAUAACUUGCUCUUUUGUGAAGUUAAGUUCCAAACAUAGGUGUUUAAUAGACGUAUUUUUCUACUGAGAAAGAAAGCUGUUUUACCUCCAUUAUAUAUAUAUGUAUUUCAACUUCCUCCCAAAAAUUUACAAAAUUUGCACUGUUUUAUAAGUGUUACAGACUGUGUUUACACUGGCUAUGUUCUUUAAUGCAAAGUGUAAUUAAUAUUAAAAAAAAAAAACAGAAAAAAAAUCCUAAAUGAAAACCCUGCAUGAAAAGAACUGCGUAUGUUUAAAUGAAAAGCUGUACUUUUCAUUAUUUUCCUUCCCACAUUACUCUAGAAUCUGAUUAAUUCACAUAGAAUGUUCAGUGAGAUUUAAACCUGCUAGUUCUGUAUUAAGCAUGCAAACUCAAAAAAAAAAAAAAAAAAAAAAGAAAAGAAAAGAAACAAACAUAUGCAGGUUGGUCUGCUUGUUUUAUUUACAAGGAUUUAAUAUGGGUAACAAAUUCAUUUACCCAAUGAUAGUAUGUCUCAGAGCAGUAGUUAUUCUAAAGCAAAAUGCAGUCAUGUUUGUAUUGAGGAAACAUGAAAAGAACAGGUUUUCAGUCAUUUUGCAAAAGCACAUUGUCUGUGUAUUGAUAUCUUUUAGGUAUAGAUGCCAAGUCACAAUCUGCUUUAAGAUUUCUGAGUGUAUAUUGAGUACUACAACAAUAUAUACAUGAAUCAGACCUGCCUGUACCCCUCUGCUUUUAGGGUGGGGGUGGGGACCCGAGCUCGGGGGGUCUCUUGUAGACUCAGUUUUGUGUGGUACCAGUACAGAGUCGUAGAAUUGUUUAGGCUGGGAAAGAUCUCUGGAAUGAUCAGCUCCAGCCAUUAACCCGGCUCUGCCAAGCCCACCACUUACCCAUGUCCCCAAGUGCAACAGCCACGUUCUUUAUACACCUGCAGGGAAGGCAACUCCACCACUUGCCUAGGCAGCCUGUGCAAGUGUUUGACAACCCUUUCAGUGAGUAAUUUUUUCCUAAUCAAAUCUAAACCUCCCGUGGCACAUCUUGAGGCCAUUUCUUUGUGUCCUGUUGCUUGUUACUUGGGAGACUGAGCCACACCUGGCUACAUCCUCCUUUCACGGAGUUGUAGAGAGUGAGGAGGUCCCCUCUGAGCCUCCUCUUCUCCAGGCUGAGCUCCCUCAGCUGCUCCUCAUAAGACUUGUGCUCCAGACCUUUCCACAGCUCAGUGUCUUUCUCUGGACACACUCGAGCCACUCUGCAACAUGCAAGAGGCCAAGUGUUUCCAAAGGCAGCACAUAAGGGUCUGGAAAAUCACCGUCAAACAGUGAAAUGCAUCCAUCUGUGGGGCUUGGGUGGCACAGGAUCCUUGAACUUGUCCCACUGAGGGAAUCACCUCCAAAGCAGCCCUCCAGUGGGGCAACAGACAGCUGGGUCAGGCCCUCGCUGGCAAAAAUGUCCCAGCUCAUUCAUGUGAAAUUCACUAGCUGAAAUAGAAGGGGAUAUGGGCAUUUUGUGUUCCCCAUGUCACCAAAGCUAUGGUGGCUUUAUAGCUGGAUUUAUCAGGGCAGAGGCCAGGACACCACCCUGACUGUGCAGCCCCACCACCUCGAGCUUGUCAGGCUGUGCCUUGCCCAGUGACAAAAAUCACCAGCAGCAAACAUCCUUAUUGCAACCACAGGGACUUCUGGUUUGGGGCACAUUCAUCUUAAAGAUGGUUUUUCAUAAUGUUUGGAAGCUCCUGUUCUUACCUUUGUGUGUGAUGCACUUCAGAGGCAGUUGUGGUUUAAAAAUUGUCUAUAAAGUUAGUCAAAGGUUGGAAAGCCUUUCCAGUGCUACAGAUUUGAUGCUCCUAAAGAAUGUUCAGCAAGAAAGCAGGGUAAUUUAAAAUUAGUUAACACAGUGAAUAUUGACAGUUCUUGGGGGCUGUAUGCUGGGCUGGUAUUUUUAUAAUAUUCCUUUUUCUAGAUAGUAGAGAAAAUAUCUCUAUAAUGAUAUUGCCACACUCUGCCACCAGUUUUGCUCCAAAACCCAUGCAAGCCAAAGAAAAAGUUCCAUCAAUCCAGCAGACUUUGGAUAAGGCCAUAAUACCUUCUCCUUCCUAUGUACAAAGGAAUAAUAACAAUAAAAAAAAAACAUAGAAGGCAAGGGACGAAGAAGAAUUUGCUUGUUUAUUCUGUCUAAAAUGAAGCUUAUUUUUGUUCCUGUUUGGUGUGGAUAUGCUCCAGGACUAUCCAGCCUUGGGAAAGGAAUUUUGUUCCUUCUUUGUUAUAAACAAGAUAAGAACUCGGGAAUAAAUAACAGAUACUUCUACAAGGAAAAAAAAAUCAUUAUUUUUAAGGGCCUCUGCUCUCAGUAAUUCCUUUGAUUCAACAGGCUCUCUGUUCAUGGAAUUGCAUAAGCAUUUAAAUGCAUACUUAAAUUCCCCUUAAUUCAGUGAGAAAUGGUUUGCUGAGCAGGGGCCUGGAAGGGCAGUUCAGUGCCAGCUAUCACAGCAUCCAGCAGCCCUCAGGGCUGAGCCCUGCUGGAGAGCUCCAAGCAGCUUUCCCAAAGUCUGUCUCUGAACAGAGGUGAGAGGAGCUGUCAGGUCUCACAGUGCUGCGCACAGGGGGGAAAGCCAUCAAUGCCCAUUAGCUUGGCAGUGGCACUAGCCUGGGAACUCCUCGGGGAUGGGAGAACACGGGGUUUUGCAUUGUGUCCCAGCUGGGCAGCUGGGAGCUAAUCCCAUGGGAUGGCUUGUUUAGAAAUUCUGUCUGCAGGACACCCCCACAUCCAUGCAGCAGCUUGUGCAUCCUCUCGUGUGCACCGUUUGGGGUUCAUGCUGGGGCUGCAGAGUUUCUGGGACUCUAAGAAAAAAGUGGAGAAUGUGAAGAAGGAAGGGGAAGAAGAGAGCAGUCAGAGUCCAAGAGUUUUUCCAGGUGGAAACAUUGAGUGAAAACGGGGAAUGGCAGCCCUUGUUUGAAUGCGUUAUGUUAGUCCAUGCUUCAGUGGAUGCCAUGUGAAGUUCCCCAGGAAGAGGUCACUUUUUGCCCAGGCCACUUGCUUCAGAACCCUUGUCUUGAUAAUUUUAAAAUUAAAAUUUCAGGUUUUUUGGUUGGAUGGGAAUUUCUUGGUUUCAUCCACAGGGGAAAAAAAGAAAAAGAAAAAAAUCUGCUUCCUAAUGUGUGGGAAAAUUCCCCACAAAAUAAAACCUCACACAUUUUGGAGCCCCACAGGUUUUCAACUUGCAUGUAAUGCCAGAAGUGAUUCCUUGCCCAGAGGAAAAUGGGUACAUGAACAGUCCAGUAAUAUUGAUUUAACAUAAUCAAUAUUGUUCUAUUUGCUUAUAAAAUAGUGAAAAGUAGAGAAACGUACCUUCCUCUACUGUCUUGGAAAUACUUAAUGUUUUGAAAUUUCAUAAAUAACAUUGAUUGAAACAGUUCCAAUUUAGAAGUAGUCAGCCCAGCAAAUGUUAAAAAUAUGACGUUUUGGAAUAUUUUCUUAUAGGAAGCAAGCAGAGUUUGAAAAUUUAAACUAAUGGCAUGAUACACUCUUGCAAACACAAAGAACAGUGUUCUGAAAUAUAUUUUGCUUCCCUAAAGAAAGGACCACCUGUUUUGUGGUGCUGAGGGAAGGACAGCUUUGCAAUGCUUACCACAUUACCAGAAGAACCCUUUUGAUCAUUUCAGUGUCAUUGGAGAAAUACAGAGGUUAAUAAGGCUCUUAAAUAAAGGCUCCAAAGAGGAAUAAAACAACAUCAAAAAAAAAAAAAAAAAAAAAAAAAAAAAAAAAAAAAAGGCAAACAAAGUAAAAGUUAUCAAGCUUUGCCAGGACAUUUGUCAGAUAAAUAUGAAAUAUCAGCACUGCCAACAGAAGCAGGACUUGACCUGUCAGCAUUUUCUCUUCUUUGCAAUAUUAUUGUAUAGCUACAGACUAAGCAGCAAAGCAAGUAAAUAAUAAUAAUAAAAAUACAGUUUGUCAAGCUGAGCCAAAUUCUCACAGGAGGUAUUCUAUAAACUUCUAUAAUUCAUUUUGAUAGAGUGUAAUUGGCUUUACAAGGUUUUAAGGGCUUUCUUCUCUGCAGGACAAACACAAAGAGGGAACAAUGUAUUUUAUAUUAGAUGAGUUUUGCAAUUUCUAGAACUGUAAAGUAAUUACUUUCUACACAGCACUGGGUGGCAAAUGUGUAGAAAUGUGAGUAUCCACCGUGGGUAUUCGAAGUGGUUUGCCAGAGUGGGAGCACCAACAACUACUGCUGGACCUGUCAGAGCUGGUGGGGCAACAGGGCUAAAUUUGAGGGCAGUGGGGUACCCAGCUCAUGCUCAGCAUGGCAAGGUGGGCUCAAGAAUUUGGCUGGAGAAUAGAGCACCAGUUCAGACUGUGCUCACACUGGAUAGAGGGAUUUGCAAAUCUUUGGUGGCCUCUUUUAAUGGAGAAAUACAGAGUAGCCAAGGCAGGAAUGAAAAUUGUCAAAGGAAGAAUGUGCACCUCUUUUCUUUCUAAAUCAAACUUAUUUGGUAUUCAGAGCAUGCCUUGGGAUUUAUGAUGUAGAGGAGAGAAUUAGUGAUUCUUAUGCAGAGAGCACAAGGGGUUUUGCUCUUGCUAGUGAAACGUAUUUCCAUGAGAAAUCCAGACCCAAAGGUGGCCCAGACUUAAUGUAAAUUGGCCUCUUACAAAGUGACUCAAGAAGAGAGGGUCUAAUGAGAAGUGAAGAAGUUUUCAAAGCACACUAUACUCUAAUCAGCUCGUGUGUGAGGCGGAAAGGUAACUUCUGUCAGCAUCUUGAAGGGAGCGUU